AACAGCCAGCUGUAGUUUAUUUUGGUUACAUUUGUUAAAUUUUGUUUUAAAAUUAUUUGAGACUAUGAGCUAAGAGCUGAUGGCAAUACAACUAAGUGAGUUGCUUUGCCGGGUUUGCCUAAAACCGGAGGAAGUGCUGGUGGACAUUUAUGAACAUGUGGAAGAACAAAACGCGGAUUUGAGCACGUUGCUGGGGCGGUGUAGUGACAUCCAAGUCGACAGACAAGAUGCAUUUCCAAAGUUUUUGUGUCAGGAAUGUACGGAGGAGCUACUAACAGUAGUAAAAUUUCGCGCGAAAUGUGUGGCAACAGAACAAACAUUGAAAGCAAUGCAAGGAAGAGAGGAAGUUGCAGCAGCUGCAUCGAUAUCCGAAGUGGUUGAAGAGGAGCUGGUGAUUGAUGACGAUGGCAAUGCGCUGACAGUAGAGGAUAUUAUUGAAUACGAUGAAAGCGAAUCUUUGGAAUAUGACCAGGAUAGCGAAGGCAUACUGCCCAGUAAGCCAACGACUAAGAGCUUCAGUUGUGAUAGCUGCGGUGCGGUGUUUCAACAGAUAGCCACGCUGCAGCGACACAUCGCCAAGUCGCAUACUGACGAAAGCAGCUUUACUUGCCUGGAGUGUGGUCAAGUCUUUACAAAGGAAACAAAUUUAGAAGCGCAUAACUGCUGUCUAACGAGUGAGCCUCGAGCUACGACACGGCGCUACUGUUGCACAUACUGCGGCAAGCGCUUGCAGUCGCCUUCAAGUCUGGCCAUGCAUCUGCGUUUGCAUAAUGGCGAGCAACCCUUUGUCUGUGAUAGCUGCCCCAAGGCCUUCAAAACCAAGGCUGCACUCUCGACCCACCAAAAAAGGCACCUCGGACUAAUGGACUUCAAAUGUGAAUACUGCGGCAAAGGCUUUGUGGAGUCAAGCAAUCUACAGCGCCACAUUGCCUCGCUGCACACCGCCUUGCGACCGCACACCUGCAUCACCUGCCAGCGCUCCUUCUCACGAGUUUAUCUCCUGGAGCUGCACAAGCGCACGCACACUGGCGAGCGUCCAUACUCCUGUGCCGUCUGCAAACGCAGCUUUGCCCAACUGAGCGUGUUGCGUAAUCAUGAACGCAUACAUACGGGAGAGCGUCGACAUCGCUGUGAAAUUUGUAAGAAGACCUUUAGUCGCCUGAAUCAGCUUAAAAAGCAUCAACUAAAGUCCUGCCUGACAAAUGCACAAAGUAGCUCCGAAGUCGUUAAUUUUAUAGAGCAGCAAGAUCUUUAAUUGCUAAGUUUUGAUUGGUGAAAGAAAUUGUGAAUAUUUGCCAUGGAAACUUUACUCCUGGCUUCGAACAAAAUAAAAUUGUUAA